AUGGAGGUCAAAAUCCGCCAGCAGCUGCAGGCCAAGCACGACAAGGACCUCGAGCAGGCUCGGCGCGAGGGCGCAGCGGCCGCGACUGGUGGAGACGCAGCGCCGCCUCUGGCAGCGGCGGCGCCCCCAGCAGAGGACGCCGACGACCUCGCGCGCAUCAAGAAGCUGGCGGCUCUCAUUCAGGCGGGCGAGCACAUGGGCGACUCGGAGAAGGACAACGUGCAGCGCUGGAAGACGGAGCUCGAGGCGCUGCGCACCAAGCGCCAGGAGACGCUCCCCCUCGGCAAGCGCUACCACGCCUGCAACCGCGACGUCAAGCGCUUGGAGGGCCUUUCUGCGGCGAUCGGCAAAGACGUGGAGGCGACCAAGGCCGAGAUCGCGCACCUCGAGGUCAAGCUGGCCCUCCAGCAGGAGCAGCAGGCCAAGCACGACAAGGACCUCGCGGCGGCCCGCGUGCUCCUCGCUGACCUCGGCAAGCAGCGAUUCCACGGCGGGAAGGAGUCGGAGGUCAUCCCCCUCCUUGAGGACGUCGUGGCAAAGCUCGAGGACCAUCUCUACGACGAGGGCCUCGACGGCGCCGACGCGCUCGAGAUCAGCCAACAGUUCCAGGAGGCCAGGGACCGCCUCCUCCAGAAGGUCUCGGAGGCCAAGGCGGCGCGCGACCGAGGCCCGCCGGCACCGCCUGAGGCCCCGGCGCCAACCGUCGCCCAGGUCCCCACCGUCACGGUCUGGGCCACCGCCGCCUCCAGCCGCGCCUUCCUCGAGUCCCUUGGCCAUCAGGUCUCCGAGGACGACGAGGACGCCCGCAAUGCGGCCAAGCGCUGCGCCGAGGCUCACCAGGCGGCCACGCUCGCCGCCAAGCGGGCCAAGGUCGACGAUACCGAGGGCUCCCAGCUGUCCAAGGAGGCCGUCCGUGCGGCAGGGGACGACGCGGCGCGGCUGGCGGGCCUCUUGCUCCUGCUGCUCCCGCGGCCGCCAGUGGAGGCCAGCAACGUACCUAACACGGGCCAGGAGGACGUUACCGUCCUCUACGGCAACAUCACGGAGUGGGGCCCCCAGGCCAAGGGCUUUCUGCAGUCCGACCGCGCCAAGCGCUUCGACGGCAUCGCCUUCGUCGAGCUGCACCGCGCGGAGAACCACUCCAAGUCCAUCAUCAAGGCGUUCCGCAAGGACGGCUGGAAGGCGACGUACUCCCCUGGGGUCUCCACGGGCAAGGGCGGCGUCACAGGAGGCGAGCUCACGGCGGUGCGCGCGCACCUCCAGGCCACCACCUUCGACCAUUGGCGCGACGCCAAGGGCGCUGCGCUCUGCGGCUUCGCCCCGAUGGUCCUGCACACGGCGGCAGGCAACAUCAUUGUGGUGGCGCUCUACUUGCACCCUGCGCUCGGCUUCGGCAAGCGCAACAGGGACACCCUCGUCGCGCUGGGGGCGUUCCUCGCGAUGCAGAAGGCCGACCUCGACUACCCAGAGGAUCCGUUCCGCUAA